UAAAUGUUUUUUUGGUAUUUAGGGUUAUGUACUCAAAUAGCGAAUAUCGUUUUUUCUUUGCAAUUUUGUUUUCCUUUAGCUUAUUCGUACGGAACCCUUAGUAUCGCGCGUUGGACUCGCAAUUAACCAGUUUUUAGUUUAUUCGUUCAUUAUCUUCAACGUUAGCCAGUAAUAUCUUAGAAUAAUAAGACCGUAUAUUAUAGCCAAUUUGGGUUUUGGGCAUUCCUUUGCCCAGCAGUGGGACACAGUGAAAUAGACAACACGAAUUUACCAAAUACAUUUUUAAAGAAACUUCGACAACCCACAGUCUUUCAGGCAAGAAAAAAACAAAAAAUUACAUUAAUUUCAUCAUUCAAUACUAGUCUCUAUUCCAAUGACAUAAGAAUCAUUUUCGCAAAUCAACCAAACCGCACACAUUUUACUCAACAUAAAAACAAUCACAAUAAAAACUCAACCAAAUUAUCUAUUUAAAACUAAAAAUCUAUAUUAAAACAAUAAUCAUAACGAUUACAAUAAGAACUAUCGACGCAAUGUAACUUGUCGAUUUCACGCACGUUGCUAUGCGCCUGCGCAGCCUACAGUAGGGUCACCACAUUAAGCAAUCAUUAUGUAAAGGAAUAUGACUUGUAAUGGAAACCAUAUAUUCGUGUGGUCAUUGUAUGGAAGUAGGUGAGACCGGGCAUAAUGUUUUUGAGGUUAAACUUACGUAAAAGUGUGACGUUUUAGUUUUAACGUGUUUAGACUAAGGAUUAGUUAAAGAUGUUAUUUAAAAUCUUUUUUAAAGACUCCCGCAUAAAAGAAUUUAAAGCUUGUUUCGCGAGAUUUUCACAAACAUUUAAGCCACAUGCACAAGUACACUCAGACUCAGGACAAGCAUUCGUGGAUCAAAUAAAUGAUUGUCCUACGCGGGGUCGAGAACGCGACACGUCCGCGUCGCGCUCAGAGGGUUUUCAAAUUCAUUCAAAUUCAGGAAUAAGGGUUCCGUACGAAUCGGUUGCAUGAGAAAUCAAAUUUGUGGGUCAGUGGUUCAUUUUAUUAUUAGUAUUUGUUCCUAUAAUAGGGUUGACAAACACAAUAUUUCUGAAACUUUUAACUGUCUAGCUAUCAUAGGUACGACGAAUAAAAUGUUGGCUAACGUCUGACGACAAUGACUCAAUAAUAGGGUCCCGUUUUUACUUUUUUCAUAACGAACCGUAGACAGAUUUAAGGCUUACCAGAUUUUCUUCAAGUUGGACUUGCAAUGGUGGAAGGAAUACCCUUUCAAACUGCAAGAAUCAGUAGUUGUUAUGUAUGAGUAUUUUUUAAAUAUGAUUGAUAUUAUAAUACGAUUAACAGGUUAUGGUAUAACCAGCAGCGGACCUAUAUGUAUAGGCUGAAUUGAUAAGAUUUGAUUUGAAACGGUUUGACUCUUUUUUGUAACGUCAAUGUAAAAAAAUACUCACUUAUAAUAAUAUAAUGUUUCAAAUAGACCAGGCUCUGCUGGCAAAUGGGUUCAAUAACCGAAUUCAUAUGCACAAGGCUUUCGAAUUGAAUUCAGGAUAAAGAGGGACUUUUUAUUUUUUGUAAGUUUGUUUAUCGGCGCUCCAAUCUACUAAACUAACGAACAUACUGAGUUUACCGUCGUAGUGGCAUUGCGGUUCUAUGCAUGGACUUUUAUACACAAGGUGCGGGUUGGAUUCAAACGCAGGACCACCACUUUACAAAUACAAAAUUUUGUGAAAAUGGGCGCAUGUUUGUUACUCUUUCACACAAAAACUACUGAAUAGAUUUUGAUGAAAGUUAGCACAGAGAUAGAUUACAGUCUUCAGUCACAUAUACUUCAGGCAAAAAUUACUCUAUACGGUACUUCUUAACCAGUUGAUACAAAAGGACGAUUCUUCAAAAUGAUAACCGUUAUCCACCCGGGCGCAGUCGCGGACAACAGCUAGUUAAAUUAUAUUCAAUGGAUAGUAAAAAGCCUAUAACAUGUUACUUUACUAGUUCCAACAAAUUGCAAGUGUUGUAAUGUUCUAGUCAAGCCUAAAACAGACAUACCUUAACCAAUACACCAAUGCCAACUUUAUUCAUAAACUUCGACCAACUUUUGAUCAAACAUUUGUGAUUGACAAUCACCAUGUUUGAGUAAAAAAUCGCAUGUUUAAAACAAUUGAAAAUGCACCUUGACUGCUUAAGUUAAAGUUCAAUUUAGAUUGGUGUUUAAUGUUCAUAUUUGCACAGCCAACAAACCUUGAAUGUUUGUCCGCUGUGUUACCAAACUCAUGCGCAACGGAGUCCCCUCCACGCGACGUUAGCGACAUUUUACCAGUCCGAGUUGCGCACGCGCCGAUUCCACACGAAUUCUUAUUUUUAUUUUAAACUAAAAUUAAAAACGCGUUUGUGCUUUUUUUAUUUAGUUUUUUUUUUGUGUUCAGUAAGUGGGUUUUUAAGAAGAACAGAGAUGUGAAUUCAAAGUGUUUGGUGAAGUGACAUAAUAUAUGUUAUAAAAAAGUGACAUUUUGUGUUAUUUUUUUUUGCUGAACGGAGUUUUUGGUUUAAACAAAAUGAAACGUUCCCGGCACAGAUGGGUCGGCCUCAGCAUAUUUUGUAUCUUCUUAACUCUCCUGGCGACAGAACUGCCGACCACAUCAGCACUGAAGGCGACAUCUCUUAUCUUCUCGAAGACAUCUACAACCACAGCGGCUCCAGAACAAGAGGCUGCAGAAGAUGGAACAGAGAUUGAAACUACAGCAGAAGGCGGAGAAGCUCAACCCUCAAAUACCACCAGCAAAAUCACUGGCAUCCCUCAAAUAGACUACCUGCUGGACCCCAACCUGCCCCGGGAGCUCAACGGGUACAACCUCUCUGAAUACCCGUUUUACGAAGCGGUCCCGAAACCGGAGACGAUCGACUUCAAGUGUGAUGGGUUGCACGAUGGAUUCUACGCGUCUGUGCCUCAUAAGUGUCAGGUAUACCAUCACUGCCUGUUCGGGACGCGAUACGACUUCCUGUGCGCGAACUACACAGCCUUCGAUCAGAAGACCUUCAUCUGUCACUUCGUAUCUGAAGUAGACUGCAAGAACUCUCCGAACUAUUUCAACAGGAACGAGGCUCUCUACAAGGCCACCACCACGUCCACCGCAGCGCCACCACCGACGCAGCCGCCCACCACGACGACCACGCAGCGUCCAACGCGCCCGCCCCGCAGACGCCCCGCCUACAGAUAUGAUUACGACGAUGAUGAUUACUAUUAUUCAAGAGAUGAUUAUGAUUAUGAAGACAGAAGAAGGCCAAGGCCUCGACCAGGUGGAAGACCAGGAAAGAAGAAGCGCCCAGCAGCAGACGACUAUGAAGAUGAUAGAUACGAACGUCGUCCUCGACCGAGAGACGAAGAAACAUCAGAAGACUACGAAGAACGGCGACCUUACGACAGGAGACCAGGGAAACGACCAUAUGCCGAUCGUAGACCAUACGAUGACGAAGACGAAGACCGCAGGCCAGGCUACAGAAACCGUAGACCCAGACCAAGGGAUGAAGAUGAGGAAGAAUAUAGACCGGACGAAGAAGAAAGGCCUAGACCAAGAGAACAGAAAGACAGACCAAAACGACCGAGAGACCAAUAUCGGCCUAGAGAUGAGUAUAGACCGAGAGAUGAGGUUACCAGACCACGGGAUGAAGUUAGGCCAAGAGACGAAGUCAGACCAAGAGACGAAGUCAGACCGAGGGAUGAAGUGAGAUCAAGGGAUGAACCUAGACCGAGGGAUGAAACCAGACCUCGUGACGCAAUACGACCAAGGGAUGAAAUACGACCAAGAGAUGAGAUCCGACCGCGGGACGAAAUAAGACCACGUGAUGAAAUCCGUCCCAGAGAUGAAAUUAGACCAAGAGAUGAAAUUAGACCCAGAGAUGAAAUUAGACCUAGGGAUGAAAUAAGACCCAGAGAUGAAAUUAGACCUAGAGAUGAAAUCAGACCAAGGGACGAAAUCAGGCCACGUGAUGAGGUCAGAAGUAGGGACGAACCUACACGAGAAAGACCUGACAGAGAACGUAGACCUUCUAGAGAAGAAGUUGAUGCUCCUAAGCCAGUCAGGGCUAGAGAAGACAGGUUCUCUGAAGGUCGAAGGUAUAGGGAGGAUCGUCCAUACAGAGCAAAAGAUGACAGACCGAGACCAGUCGCUGAUGAUGACAGAGUUGAAGAUAAAAGAGAUCCACCGACAGCCCCUGAAAGUCCUACCACUCUUGUAAAACCUAUCGGACAUGGAAUCUUCAGUAAACCAAGAAUGCCGCCAAAGAUCAAAAGGCCAGUCCCUAAGACUGAGAGGGAGAAGUAUGGAUACAUUCCUGUAGUCACAACGAAAGCACCUCCGAAAGUAGACGACGAUGAAUACUACGACUAUGAAGAGGAUGAAACCAGUAAACCUUCGUCUUCUGGAAAAACCAGCAGCGUGCAAGAAAGACCAAAAGCUGAGAUCGUUGAAAAAGUAAAAUUCACGCCAACAAGGCCUCAUUAUCCAAGCAAAGCAAAGAAGACUAAAUUACCAAUAGAUUAUGAAGAUGAGGAUUAUGAAGAACCGGUAAAAGCGGAGAAGUAUACCAGUACACAGAGAGUGAGAGACGUGAGGGUUAAGCCUAAACCUGUAGAUGAUGAUGAUUAUUACGAUUAUGAGGAUACAAAAAGAGAUACUGGCGUCGUCAGACCAGGAGAAGAUAUAACGAGCAAGAUAAAAGACUUGCGACCAAAUGUGAAGGUAGUUAAACGUCCUUUUUUACCCUCUAGGGGUGGAAGCCCGUACCUUCCCCGCGGACUACAGCCCGUGGCCGGAAGGGAUGUCUCAGCACCACUAAAUACCACCCCGAAACCUACCACCACUACUCCUAAACCCACCACGACCACAACCACUACGACCACUACUACUGCACCCCCUACGACCACAACACGAACCACCACCACCUUCGUCACCACCACCACCACCACCGAGAAACCCACAACCACAGUUACAACUGAAGCAACAACAGAAGUAAAAGAUGAAUACGAAGAAGAAUAUUAUGACGAAGAAGAUAUAGAUUACGAUAAGAACAAGAAAGUAACAACAACAACUGUCGCAGCAACUGAACCAACAACUUUUAGAACAACAACUGCUGCACCAACCACGGAAGUACCAACAACACCGGAACAAAAAGCAAAGGACUUAGCAUCGAAAGUUUACAAAGUCUAUAAUGACAAUUACGAAGCCAUCCGCGGUAAACUAGAAUCAACGUUAUCACCUGGUGAUUAUAUUAAGCCGUAUUUAGCCACAGCCACCCCACUAACUGACUUCAAACCAUACAAGCCCAUAGACACAUACAAAAAAGAAGUCAAACCGAAACCUGAAAUUUCAAAACCUUACACGGCAACCGGAAAACCGAUCCUACCAGAAAGUUUAGCAAUAAAACAAAACUUAGCUGACAGUAUAGAAAAUGAUUAUGAUGUUAGAAUCAAUGAGGCCUUAUCACCCAAUUUGCCUGUUAGCCGAGUUCCAUCAGGAUUCGUUAUACCUUCAGAUAGAGAUUACACAUACUCCAGAUUUAGAAAUAACUUGCAGCCUCUAGAACCUCAAUAUGCUGCUUCAGAUAUUUCUAGUUUCCAAGUCAGGAAGAGGCCGGUGACCGGUGUUAGUAUUAGGACUCCCAAUUCUUAUUAUCUUCAACCACAAAGGUUGGUUUAUGAAGACCCAGGGCAAAGGUUUCCAAGACAGCUCUUUUAUAGGCCUGUAGACCUUUAUUGAAAUUAUUUGAUGUAUGAAAACUUGUAGGGAUACUGAAUUUUUAAUCGAAGGCAAUUGGAGUUCUAUUCUCGACUUGAAUUCUAUUUUUUUAUAAAGUAAUGCAAUCUUCUCGAUUCGGGCAAUCCCGAGAAAUAACUAGACGGAAUCGUUGGUGAUAAAUUUAAAGUUUUCUACAUUGAUAAUUUAGUUUUUAAUCGAGAUAAUACCAUACUUAAAUAAAUAGAAGGUAUUUUUAAUCUCAUUAGUGCAAUAAAUUUGAUGUAAUGAGAAAGAAUCCAAUAAUUUUGCUGCAUCGAUGAAAAGUACCCUACAGGUUUUCGUAUAAAGAAGUACAUUAUUUUUUAAGUCAGUAAUUUAAAUUAUGUAAAAAAAAUACUAAAUAUUUCUCGAUAAAGAACAAUUGAUAGAAAACUGCCAAUUUUAAUUUAUAGAAAUUAAAAAAAUGUGUUUAAAAUACUCUUAGUUACCUGUACUUUUAAGUAAAAUUUAGAAAGAAGUUAUGGUCGAGAAAAUGAACUCUAAUAAUUUUGGUGAAAUGGAAUAUUAUAACAAUUAUGACCAAGAUGACGCUGGUCGACUCACUCUAAUGAAUGAAAUUAUUAAAAUAAGUUUGAGUCACGUGAUUUAUGUCAAAAUAAUAGUCAUGUCCUUCCAAUACAUUUGUGAAGUGACAUUGUUGAUGUUUUUCUAACUUAUACAUGGCGAGUUAUACGUCCAUUUACAUUGCCAAAAA